CCGCACUCAACCAGGAAGUGAGACGCGGCCUUGGGAGUGGAGUUGCGUGCUUCGGUGCGAUCAAGAGGAUCAGUGAUGGAUGCCACCAACAUGGAUAUCGAUGAUUCUUUGUACAGCCGGCAGCGCUAUGUGCUGGACGACGAUGCGAUGCGGCAGAUGGCACGCUCCAGCGUCUUCCUGAGCGGGCUGGGCGGGCUCGGCGUGGAGAUCGCCAAGAAUAUUGUGUUGGCCGGCGUAAAGUUGCUGAAUGUGCACGACACGAAAUCGGCCACCAUCGCGGACCUCGGAACGCAGUUCUUUCUCAGAGAAGAUGAUGUUGGGCGGAACAGGGCCGUGGCGUCUCUUGAGCGCUUGAAGGAGCUGAAUCCGUACGUGAGGGUGCGCUCGUCAACCGAACCUUUGAACCACGACACCGACCUUGUCUUCCUGAAAGAGUACCAGUGCGUGGUCGUGACGGAUUGCCCCCUCGCGCUGCAGUGCAAGCUGGACUCGUUUUGUCACUCCCAGGGGCCUCCCAUUAAGUUUAUCAGCACGGACGUGCGGGGCGUAUUCUGCCGCAUCUUCUGCGACUUUGGAGAGCGUUUUGAGGUUUUGGACCCGACUGGGGAGGCGCCCAAGGAAUUCUUCAUCCAGAGUAUCUCGCAGUCCAAUCCGGGCGUGGUGGUGACGAUGGACAACCGUGCCCACGGCCUCGAGACCGGCGACAGAUUGACAUUUAAGGAGGUUCAUGGGAUGACCUCUCUCAACGGCUGCACGCACACGGUCACAGUGCUCUCCCCGUACAUGUUCAGCAUCGGCGACACGUCCGGCCUGCCCGCGUACCUGCACGGCGGCAUGGCCAAGCAGGUCAAGGUGCCCAAGAUGGUGCACUUUGAAUCGCUGGAAAAGCAGCUUGUGAAGCCCACAUGUCUCGUGGUGGACUACAGCAAGCCAGAGGCCCCUCUGCAGAUCCACUUGGCGCUGUUGGCCUUGGAACACUUUGAGGAGCAGCAUAAGAGAUUGCCGACAGCCGGGUGCGCUGAUGAUGUGAAGACGCUGUGCAGCUUGGCAGAAGCGGAGAGUGAACGUCUCUGCGACAAGGUGAGCGUGGAGCGGCGGGUCGUGGAGUGUGCGGCGCUGGUGGCGGGAGGGCAGCUGGCUGCGCUCACCGCGGCGCUGGGCGGUGUCGUGGGACAGGAGGUUCUCAAGGCGCUCACCGGGAAGUUCGGUCCCAUCCAGCAGUGGUUGUACUUCGAUGCCAUGGAGGUGGUUGGGAACCUUGAGAAUGUCGACAGCGAAGGGUUCAAGGCAAGGGGGGACCGCUACGAUGCCCUGCGUCUCUGCGUGGGCGAGGCGGUGUGCGAGAAGCUCCACAAGCUCUCCGUCUUCAUGGUGGGGUGCGGUGCCAUCGGCUGCGAGAUGCUGAAGAACAUGGCCUUGCUGGGUGUGGGCACCGACCAGGAGCACGGUGGCCUGGUGACCAUUACAGACCCCGACCUGAUCGAGAAGUCCAACCUCAAUCGUCAGUUCUUGUUUAGGUCUCACCACAUACAGAAGCCGAAGAGCACGACGGGGGCGACGGUGGCGCGCGACAUCAACCCGCAGCUGCACGUGGAGCCCCGCCUGGACCGCGUGGGGCCCGCCACGGAGGCCACGUUUUCCGACGACUUCCUGUGCCGCCAGAGCCUGGUGCUCAACGCCCUGGACAACGUGGAGGCCCGGCGAUACAUGGACAGCCGCUGCGUCUCCAAUCAGAGGCCGCUCAUCGACUCGGGCACCAUGGGCACCAAGGGUCACGUGGAGGUCGUGGUGCCUCACCUGACGGAGUCCUACAACAGCCAGAGGGACCCGCUGGAUGAAGAGGUUCCAUUCUGCACGCUCAAGUCCUUCCCGAACGUCAUCGAGCACACCAUCCAGUGGGCUCGCGACAAGUUUGAGAGUGCCUUCACCCACAAGCCCUCCAUCUUCUCCAAGUUCUGGGAGAGUCAGCGGUCCCCCAAGCUCUUGCUGGAGCGCCUGCACACCGGGGAGAGCCCCGAGGGAGCCAUCCAGGCCGUCAAGUUGCUGAGCCGUCGCUGCACCUGCUGGGAGGAGUGCGUGAUGCUUGCCAGGGUCAAGUUUGAGAAGUACUUCAACCACAAGGCUAAGCAGCUGCUGCACGCCUUCCCGUUGGACACGAGGCUGAAGGAUGGCUCAUUGUUUUGGCAGUCUCCUAAGAGGCCACCCACCCCAGUCAUCUUUGAUCCCAGCAUCCAACUGCACUUUAGUUUCGUUGUGAGCACGGCUCGCCUCUUUGCGGAGGUUUGUGGAAUUCCGUACACCGAGCAGAGUCUGUCCAAAGAAUUUCUCCUAGAAAAGCUGGAAAGCAUCACAGUGCCUGAAUUUAGACCUUCCUCCAAGCAAAUUGAGACGGACGACGGCAUCAAAAAGGUUGAGUUGGCCAAGCUGGCGCCGAGCGGAGAGGAGGAGAGCCAGGUGUGGCAGCUCCUGGACCGCACCAUCAAGGAGGGCGCCAUCUCAGAAGCCAACCUGCGCCUGAAGGCGCUGGAGUUCGAGAAGGACGACGACUGCAACGCCCACGUGGACUUCAUCCUGGCGGCGUCGAACCUGCGUGCGUGCAUGUACAGCAUCGACCUGGCCGACCGCCCGCAGACCAAGCGCAUCGCAGGCCGCAUCAUCCCGGCCAUCGCCACCACCACCGCCGCCGUGUCCGGCCUGGUGGCGCUGGAGCUGAUCAAGGUAGCGCAGGGCCUGAAACUGGAGGACCUCAAGAACUGCUUCCUCAACCUGGGCAUCCCCGUGCUGCUGCUCUCCGAGCCUGCGCCAGUGAAGAAGACGCCCAUCCGGGGCGACCUCUCCUUCACCAUCUGGGACAAGUGGGAGAUCCACGGCAGCGAGGACUUCACACUGCAGGACUUCAUCAGGGCCGUGAAGGAGAAGUAUGGAGUGGAGCCCACCAUGGUGGUGCAGGGAGUUAAGAUGGUGUACGUGCCUAUCAUGCCGGGCCACAGCAAGCGGCUCAAGCAGACCAUGAACAAGCUGCUAAAGCAAACGGAGCGACGGUAUGUGGACCUCACGCUGUCCUUUGCACCGGAGACGCCAGGGGAGGAUGACCUCCCGGGACCGCCGGUGCGAUAUUUCCUGUGCCGAGCGGCCGACUGAACGGAGAGAGGAGACUGUGGCCAGCGAACUGCGGCGGCCGGUCGCCCGCCCGCCCGGGGUGCACUAACACCCCCCCCCACUCUCCCUCCCCCACCACCACCGCCCCUAUUCUCGUCUCCUCCUCCGUGUCGCCCUGCUCAGCGAGGAGUCGUAAUAUUGAAGCGACCCACACCGGACAAAUCUCGAUGGACAAUUCGUAGACACAGCAGCAGUACCCCCGUGUAUGUCCGAAGCACUUUUCUUGACCUUGUUGUAGGGAAGUAACAAAAACACUGUGAGGUCGGCGCGUCGACCAGCCCUCAAAAUUGACACGAGACUAACGGGCGAGGCAUUACUGCAACUACUUUGCCGACUCUUAACUCGUAAAUAUUUCAGUACAUCUGGAGGAAUUUAUUGAGAGAUUUUGACUUAUUGUUGAUUUCUUAGAGCACUUUAGAGAACAAAAUUCUAACACGAUCCUAAAUGCCACGAAACUCGAAUGACGGGUUUUACUUAGCUGCCGAUUUAAAACAGAAAUACUAAUUAUAAACAAUCUCGUAUGGUCGCCUGCGUCGUGUUAGAGAAAGAGACAAACAUCAUCAUCAUCGACUUAGACCGCCGGCGAGUCCACACCCCAGCAAGUCGUCACACUCUGCUCGCGCCAUGAACAUUUAAAUAAAUGCGCACGUGCGUUUGUGCAACACAUCUUGUAUCAACACAUCACAACUCAUUUAAUAAUUUCCAGCAGUUUUAUUGAAUGAAGGCCCUCCACAAGCCACGUCAGUCUUGGAGGUUAUUUGUUUGACCAUACUUCACCACGCAGGUCAGUGUGGGUUGCUGAAAGGGUGGGGUGGGGGGGACCAGAACAGAUUCGAAUGCCACUCGCCACUUGCGUUUAUCCGUGGCCGGGAAUUCAACUCGGACUCGCCAAGUUCGUAGUGUGGUUUACUAACCAUUGCGCAACUCUUCUCCCACACACACGCGCACAUCUACAAUGCUGUAUAUGCACAGACUGCUGAUAUAAAUACGUUUGAAUGGGAAGAUAACAGGCAACGGCGUAACGCGACGAGCUGAACUAUACGGUGGGCAUAUUAUACGGAACCUCCACCCCCCCCGCCGCUCUCCUGCUCGUGCAUCCAGCCAAAGAGGAGACGCACCUUACCGUGUGCGGACGGCCCGCGAGGUCGUGCAGCUGUGCGCGUGCGCUGCUGCAUAACGGACGGUUGUUUGCGACUCCUUCGCGAAACGUGAUAUCUGAGUUUAGUGAGCCACAGUGUGUAGCGUGGUUUUGCACUGCCUUAAAACACGAAUGUUCCGUGCCAUCGCCCGCCGUGGUUUUGCUCCCGUGUAUUCAUCGUCGCCAUCAUCUCUGCAGCGAAGUGAACGGAAUUAAAGUGUUGCUUACGAGCCCGGACCCGAGCAUUUCACUGCUUGUUGUCGAGGUGUCGUCGGGGGUGGCGCAGCAGGUCAGCCGCCACACUCCCUUGGUUCGGUGGUUUGUUCGUGGCAAUCGAGGGGCGUUGUUGAAGUUUGAACGUCGGAGGAGGUCAGCCGAGCAUCGUCACCGGCUCGUGCCUGGAAUCUGUCGCUUUGGAGACGAGUGUUAGCGGGUGGUGACGGAUAUUUGUGGAAACUCCAUAAACUCACUGGACUGAGAAGGUGAUUGGAUUAGGUGGCAGCAACGCAAGUGGGUUUAUGAACCCAUCAGGAGAGCUGUGGGUGUUAUCCUUUCCGCAUGUGUGGGGUUUCUCCAGGUGCUCCGGUUUCAUCUUACUCGCAAAAUACUCGAUAGAAAGGAAUUGGCCCAAACAUCCGAAUGUAAGACCCUCCUCAAAAUGGAUCUUGAGACUCAAAGGUUGUUUUUUUUUCGAAAUUUGUUGUAUUGUCAUACAUUAUAUUCCUGGUUCUUUCGGUAAAGUCACGUAGAAGGGAAACAAAAUAAUAAAAAUAUAAAAUUAUCACGACGUUUCGACUGCAACACAAGCAAUCAUCAUCAGGUGUGAAAAACAGCCAAAAAUUUUGAAAAAAGUGGCGGUUUUUUCUUAACGUUAGCACCAUGGACAGCGAUUUUGGCAGUUCAGAUGCAGUCGAAACGUCGUGAGAAUUAUAUUGUUUUAUAUAUAUUUUUAUUUUAUUGUUUCCCUUCUAUGUGACUUUACCGAAAGAACCAAGAAUAUGAAUCCCUGCAGUCACGAAAGCUUUAAAUCAAAAUUGUCAUACAUUGUUAAAUUGCUACUGUGUUUAGAGCAUUAUUCAUUACCAAAGCCCUCUGCUAAAAAGUGGACGUUAAAGACCCUGAAAAUGAAGCAUUGCCAGUACCAGCAUGAAGCCCCGCAUCUGCCAUAUGUAAAAGAUGCACAGAUUGCUUUAUUUUGAAUAAAUGCAUUCCAUGUAUGGUAUGAACAUCCAAUUAAAACAUUAUCUAUGAGGAUGUUAUCUCUAAGGCAAUGUUUGGCUGUCGAAUUGGGCAGAUUGCAGUUAAAAUUUCAAGAAUGGAACUUGUGAGAUUUCAGCUAUGAAUGGUAAUCGCCGUGUAAUGGAUUCGCUUGUUUGAAAUGCACGUGGCAGUCAGUGGCUUGAAUAAAAUAGCAACAAGUUGA